UAUAAGCACUAAACGCACCUCUGGCUUCCUCGUGUGGAAAGUUUGUGUAUUUGCACCCAGUUAAGACGCAGCAAUAACACGCAGGCACUACGUCAUCAACAUUCGACAGACCAGCGACGGAAAACAGCAGCGAAAAUGCUUUUCUACUCGUUUUUCAAAUCACUAGUGGGGAAGGACGUGGUGGUGGAGCUCAAAAACGACCUGAGCAUUUGUGGAACUCUUCAUUCUGUUGACCAGUACCUUAACAUUAAGCUCACAGACAUCAGUGUGACAGAUCCAGAGAAAUACCCACACAUGCUGUCAGUAAAAAACUGUUUCAUCCGCGGAUCUGUGGUUCGGUAUGUUCAGUUACCUGCAGAUGAAGUGGACACUCAGCUGCUACAAGAUGCUGCACGAAAGGAAGCGAUGCAGCAGAAGCAGUGAUGUGGGGCUGUUUUGGGUGGGUGGUGAGGUGCAACGUCGGUGACUGCUUAGUAGAUUGAGUAGUUUUGAGUUAAGUUCAUUCAACAAGACCAUUUGUGCAGCUCUAAUGACGCCGUGUUGGUAUGUGAGCUUUUCUUUUCCACAAUUUAAUUCCAACCCUGAUUUACAAAACAGUAAAUAUUAGAAAUACUCGUUGGCUCCCAGGAUGGGCUUUUGUUCACUUGUUGUUUUUUUUUUUAAUAAAACUACAUUUAGUUUUGAGCUCAGUAGAUGUAAAAAUAGUUGUCAUGGUUCUGUUUCAUACUGAUGCUUUCAAAUGCCAUGUUUUUUCCCAUGCCCCUUCACAAUAAAAAGUUAUUUUAUUUA